UCCUUCCUUUCUCAUCUCUACAUUUUAGCACAAACACAACAAAGGGGUUUUUCGAGGGUUUAACAAAAUCCACAUACACUAGAAACACACACACACACACAACCAGGAACUCACUCAAACAUAUUCACUAUGAUGAGAAGAGCUUCAUCAAAACUCAUACCCUUAACCAAACCCUCUUUCUCUCUUCUCUCCAGAAAUCUCUCUACUCAAAACCCCACCAAUCACAUUUUAUCAUCAAACCCUAAUUUCAAGAAUUGCCCACAAACCCAUGUUUUGAUCAACUCAAGAUCCAAUUUUGAUGCUAGCCCAUCUCAAGAUUUUAGUACUCUGGUAGACCCAAGGCUGAAAAUCCCACAAAUAUCAUCAAGACAGCGGAAAAUUAAAGAAAAAUCACAGCUUGAAGAGGCUUUUGAGGCAGCAGAGACUGCUGAUGAGAUGGUGAAGGCUUUUAAAGAAAUGGAAGCGAGUUUCGAAGAGAAGGAACUUGGGUUGGCUUGCUUGAAAAUGGGGCUUAAAUUUGAUCAAGAAGGUGAGGAACCCGAAAAAACUUUGUCUUAUGGUCUUAGAGCUUUGAAAAUUUUGGAUAAUAAUAAUGGUUUUUCUUUUCCGCUUGCGAUGACUUUACAAUUGUUGGGUUCUGCUUGUUAUAAUUUGAAAAGGUUUAAUGAUAGUUUGGGGUAUCUUAAUAGGGCUAAUAGGAUGUUGACUAAGUUACAGGAAGAGGGUAAGAUUAGUAUUAAUGAUAUUAGUCCGGUUCUUCACGCGGUUCAGCUUGAGUUAGCGAAUACUAAGACUGCGUUAGGGAGGAGAGAAGAAGCUCUUGUUAAUCUCAGGACUUGUUUGGAAAUUAAAGAAAUGACUUUGGAAGAGGAUAGUAAAGAACUUGGUAAUGCUAAUAGGGAUUUAGCUGAGGCUUAUGUCGCGGUUUUGAAUUUUAAGGAUGGGUUGGCACAUUGUUUGAAGGCUAUGGAGAUACAUAAGAGGAAAUAUGGGUUGAAUUCGGUGGAGGUUGCACAUGAUAGGAGGUUGCUUGGAGUAAUUUAUACUGGAUUAGAGGAGCACGAGAAGGCACUGGAUCAGAAUCAGUUGUCGCAGAAGGUGUUGAAGAAUUGGGGCCUUAAAUCUGAGUUGCUUCGCGGUGAAAUUGAUGCAGCAAACAUGAAAAUUGCAUUAGGAAAGUACGAUGAUGCUAUUAAUAGUUUAAGAGGUGCUGUUCAACAGACUGAAAAAGAUAGUGAGGAGCGAGCUAUGGUAUUUGUUUCUAUGGCCAAAGCGUUUUGUAAUCAGGAAAAUUUUGCUGACUCAAAGCGGUGUCUACAGAUUGCUUGUGGGAUUCUGGAUAAGAAAGAAAGCAUGGCCCCGGAAGAUGUUUCUGAGGCAUUUAUGGAAAUAUCAAUGCUAUAUGAGACAAUGAAUGAGUUUGAAACAGCAAUUUCUUUGUUAAAGAGAUCGCAGGCCAUGCUUGAGAAGCUUCCACAAGAGCAGCACUCAGUUGGAAGUGUUUCAGCAAGGAUUGGUUGGUUACUUUUGCUGACAGGAAAGGUGAAGCAGGCUAUUCCUUACUUGGAAGAGGGGGCAGAAAGAUUAAAAGAGAGCUUUGGUUCUAGGCAUUAUGGGGUAGGGUAUGUUUACAACAAUUUGGGUGCAGCAUAUCUGGAACUAGAUAGGCCUGAGUCAGCUGCACAAGCUUUUGCAUUUGCGAAGGAGAUUAUGGACGUGUCUCUUGGUCCUCAUCACUCCGAUUCAAUCGAGUCAUGCCAGAACCUUUCAAAAGCUUAUGAUGCCAUGGGAAGCUAUGCAAUUGCGAUUAACUUCCAGGAGAAAGUAGUUGAGGCCUGGGAAGGCCAUGGUCAAAGUGCAGAAGACGAACUUAAAGAAGCACUUCGUCUUCUUGAACAUCUAAAGCAAAAGGCUCGUGGUGCAUUAUCAAAAGAGGUUCCCCAAAAGGCCCUGCCUCUUCCCCACACUAAAGAAUCUGUAGCAGUUAGGUCACUAUCAGCCUUAGCAGACACUGAAAAGCUAUCAAAGGCAGCCUAACAGGUAACCAUAUGCUGUUGGAUAAUCUUGUGCAGAAAGUUACUUUUUGGCUUGUAGUGAGCUUCAUUACUAAACGCCUGAGUUACGAAUUAGUCAUUUUGAUAUAUUAUGAUAUCCUUAGUAAUCAUAAAUGGUGACUACAGUUAUAGAAUGCAGUAGGCCAGUAGUUCUUUAUUACUGGUCCUUAAAACUUGUUCUUAAUUACAUCAUAACUCUGCUUUUCUCACGAUUUGGUGAAUAUUUAUGCCCUUUUCUUUUAUGUUGCUCCA